AUGAAUGCGAGUGGAUGGCUUGCUGCUAACAAGUGGAGGUGGAUGUUUUGAAACUUUUAGUUUGUGCAAUGCGAAGAACAACAAACGAAGGAGCUGUUAAAUGGUAACAGGUACAGUAUGAGAGACUACCGGUUUUCUAUUUCAAGUGUGGACGAAUAGGUCAUCAACAGACAAGCUGUGAGAAAUUCCGGGGUGGUGGUUUUCUAGGAGCCUAGGACAAAUGAUCAACAUGCUGGAAAGCCAAAAAGCAAUGGUGGGGGCAGCCUUCAAAGGCUAUGGGAGUUGGCUAAAAGUGGAGAUGACCGAAGAAGAACAGAAAACGUUGGAUGCGGAUAAUACUGCAAAAGAGUUCAGAGAAGCGUGGAUGAAAAGUCUGGAUUUGCCUAUGCAUGAACAGAUUGAACAGGGCCAAUCGUCUACAUCAAAGCAAUACCAGCUUAUGGUUGUGAAGAUUGGGAACACAAUGCUUAUGGGAUCCAUGGAAGGGGUUAGUAGCACUCGUCGAGAGCUGUUCGCCGGUGAUACAAGUAAUCCGACGAGGCAAAUCAGAUCACUAGAAAUACUGUGUGGUGCAAGUUUCGUAGUCUUCUUUUCACCGAUCAAGUCUAGAGGCCGUAGGGACGAAGAGGGUGAGGCGGACUGUCAAACGUGGCAACUGGACGGAUAGGGUGACUUUGGGAAAGGACAAAUGUUUAUUGUAGUUCUGGAAAAAGGGAAACAAGGCCAAUUAACCAGGUCUACAUGUACAAUCAAGGAAAUAGAGGGGUAAAAAGUUUUUAACUAGAUCCAAACACAGCUAAUGGAGAUAGAGGAUCGAGGAAAAAGGAAGGAAAUUAACCAAGAAGUCAACGAUGAAGGUAAGUGUCUCGAGGGAACUACUAGUUAGGAAAGGAACACUGGAGGUGAUCCAAUGUGAGUUAUACAGGCGAACAUGCAUAUAGAGAGUGGUUUGGGUACAUGGAGCAAACAACAAGUUACAAACCAAAGAAUGGAAACAUCAGUGGAUCUGAGUGUGGAUAUGAGGCAGGCUUGAAAGAGAAGCAGAGAGGGCACGAAUGUGCAAGACACACAAGACUUGGCUGGUAGGGCGGACCAAAAGCGACUUAAAGAAAAGGAGACUGCGCUAGUGGAAAUUGAAUUUGUGCCAGGCUCCCAGGUAUGUCGUGUGGAUAAACGUACAUGUAAAGCCAUUGAAAUCGCCAAUAUUCUUGGAGGGAGGGCCUACACAGAUAUGUCCGAAAGUGACCCCAUCGAAACCAGUUCGCUGAUGGAAGUGGAGAAUGAAGAAGAGGUGCAUACGAAUAGCAAAGAUGUUGUGCAGAACAAGGAAGCGGAGGUGAUUCAUACAUCUUAAAAGCAAACAUAGCUGAAGGUGGGGAGAUUGUGGAAUUGUUGAAGUAGUAUGAGGAUGUGUCGGGUUAAAAGGUUGCGCCCCACUUUGAUCCAAAAGCUUUCUCAUUCUCUUUUAAGAUAUGGAGCAAGCAUGUCUCUUGUCAAAUUGCUACCAGCAUAGAGUCCUGUCAGAACGGGAAGUUCUUGACUUGCGUUUUCUUACAUUUGGAGAAUUCUUUCUCGCUUCCUUUGUCAACUGCACUUAGUGUCCAGAUGCCUUUAAAUGAUCAUCAUAGGAGGACUAACGCAAUUUUUUUCUAAGUUUGGUUUUGGACCUAUUUUGCACUUAUACAAUGAACAACCAACACAACUUCGGCUUGAAAUAUUUGCCGAAACAUCUUCCGGGGGCUGAAGUCUGCAAUAAACACAUGAAAAUUUCAUAUACAGUGAUUAGUAGAUAAAUUCCACCAAGCCAUGUGGACUAGGUAGUUCAUUGCUAUAUCUUUUUCAUUGCUCCUUAUUAGCACUGGAAUAGCAAGGCAAGAUACUGAGUACCUGAAAAAGCUGUCAAGAAAUUCUACAUAGAAUAAAAUGAGAUAGCAGUUCAAUUUUCUGGACUACUCGCUUCAAAGUGCUCUUGAAUCAAGUGUCCAUCAGUCUAUCAUUGGCAGAUGUAUUUUUAUCUUCAAAUGAGUUUUUGGAUUGUCAGUAAGAUGUACUACAGCAUGCAUCCCUCCUUUCCAUCUUUACCUGGUUACAUUCUUGGAGUUCUGGUAUUAGAGUUUUUUGGCAAUAAGGCUUUGAAGCCUGUCCAUGAGGAAGAUGUUUAUUUGAUCUGAGGCAUAUCACAAGUCAAGUUAGCAGCGGAUCUGGCUUGAGAGCUGUCUAUAUUCUAUAGUAACUCUGAAGUCUCUUGUUUAUAAAAUAAUUUUCAACUGGAAUGUCAGAUAUUUCGUCCAUCUAUCCCUUAUUUUUUAUGUGAAUAAGGGGCACCAGUUUUUGAAAGCUUGUUUGGUGUUGUCAAGGUACAAUGGACCGGUACAAGAUAAUUAAAGAAGUUGGUGAUGGCACAUUUGGGAGUGUCUGGCGAGCCAUAAAUAAGCAGACCGGUGAAAUUGUUGCAAUUAAAAAAAUGAAAAGAAAAUAUUAUUCUUGGGAGGAAUGCAUAAAUCUGAGGGAAGUGAAGUCAUUGCGGAAGAUGAACCAUCCCAAUAUUGUGAAGCUCAAGGAAGUCAUUAGAGAAAAUGAUGUCUUGUACUUUGUGUUUGAAUACAUGGAAUGCAACCUGUACCAGCUUAUGAAAGACAGGGGAAAUCUUUUCUCAGAAUCUGAAGUGAGGAACUGGUGCUUUCAAGUGUUUCAAGCUCUUGCUUAUAUGCACCACUGUGGUUAUUUUCAUCGUGACCUAAAGCCUGAGAACUUGCUUGUUACAAAAGACAUGAUCAAAAUUGCUGAUUUUGGUCUUGCUCGGGAAAUUUGUUCUCAGCCACCUUAUACAGAAUAUGUCUCAACUCGUUGGUACCGAGCCCCUGAAAUUCUUCUGCAAUCAACUACAUAUGGUGCUGCAGUUGAUAUGUGGGCUAUGGGUGCUAUCAUGGCUGAAUUGUUUACUCUCCGUCCUCUUUUUCCUGGCUCAAGUGAAGCAGAUGAAAUCUAUAAAAUAUGCAGUGUGAUAGGGAGUCCUAAUCAGAAUUCAUGGGCUGAAGGGCUUCAACUUGCAAAUCUGAUCAAAUAUCAAUUUCCACAGUUUCCAAGUGUCUAUCUUUCUGCUUUGAUACCGUCCGCUAGUGAAAAUGGGAUCAACCUCAUAAAGGCACUUUGUUCAUGGGAUCCCAGCAAGAGGCCAACAGCUGCAGAGGCCCUUCGGCAUCCUUUUUUCCAGAGCUGCUUCUAUGUUCCACCAUCCCUUCGACCAAGGGUUGCAACCCCUAGGACACCUCCCUCUGGUUCAUGUCCCUCUUGCUUUUUUCUUUUUUCCUUUUGCCAAAUUUUUCUUUUUGUUUACAAAAACAUCUUUUCUUCUAUACUUGGACGCCUAAUCCUGUACAUUCUUGUAGUUGGAUUAAGGGGUAGUCUGGAGCAGAAGAGUGCUAGAAGAUAUUCUGGAACCUUAUCUAAUGCCAAGCCUAUAACGAACUUCUCUUCUGCAAAAAUGCAUGCUUCAUUAAGCACAGGUGUGCAAAGAAAGCUGGAAAUGGGUAAUUUGGAUGCCAAUAAGAACGACAAUUCUGCAAAAAGUGGUGCUAAACAGCCAAGAUACCGACCACCAGUCAGGAACAGUACAACUUCCAUCUACACAGGAAAGACUGGAGGUGGAGUUUCUGAUUCAGCUGAGAAGUUGGCGCAGAUGACAAUUGGUUCAGGCAGGCAGAUUGUUAGAGAGCCACCGCCACAACUGCCUAUGAAGGCGGGAGGGUGGCAUAGCCACUCUGAGUUCCUUGGACGACCACACGAGAUUCCUUCUGGCAGAAAUUAUUCCUAGGUUGCUGGAUAGGAAAAAGAACUGUUCGGAAGCUGAAGCUUUUACUAUGUGCUGAACUUUGCUUUACGUUUCUCUGUUAUAUUUUCUUUUUUUCUAUGUUCUUGUUUGCGAGUUGAACUUUGCCCUAAUAAGAGUGUAAGACACCCAUGUGUGAUAGACACAUUCGUGAUUGUACGGUUAAUAUUCCCUGGUAUUCCAGCGCCGUCCCAAUAUGUUUGGUUACAGUGCAAUUUUAUUUGUAUUAGUACAAAUGUAUGGGAGUGUAAAUGAAAAGAAUGCAAAAUUAUGUA